AUGAUGUAUCAUAUGUAUAUUACUUUCUCUAUUCAAUAUGUUCAUUGGCAUAAAGAUAAUGAUCAUAAUUUAGAUAUUGAAUCUAAUAUGGAUCUAGAUGAUCUUUUAAAAGAAAAAUAUGGGGGAAAUUUAAAAGGAACUCAUUCUUAUAAUCCAUAUGAACAAAAAUUAUCCAGUAAAUCAUUAAGUGGAAAAAUUAUUGAUAAAUUACAAAAAGAUACAAAAAAUUAUGAAAAAGAAAAAUCAAUAAUUGAUCAAAAAAUGAAACCAAAUCAAAAUCAUCAUUAUGGUACAUCAAUUAUUAUAACUCAUAAUAAAUAUACAUCAAUAAUCAAUGGUAAAAAGAAAACUGAUGAAGAUGAAACUAUUGAAGCAGAAGAAUAUGAUGAUCAUGAUGAUGUUCAUGAUGUUGUUGAUCAAGAUUUGAAAGUUGAUAAACAUUCAUAUAGUUUAUUGGAAUUUCCAUUUACAGUAUUGAAAAAUUUUGGUUUUGGUGGAUGGUUUUGA